AUGGCAACAACAACGUCAUUUAAACAUGAAGUUCAAGCAUUAAAUAACGGAAAUCGUAUUCAUCCAACAAACAUGACAAUGGCAUCUGAUCAAGCAACAAAUAUUCAUGUUAAUGAUGAUUCAAAUGAAAGUGAUUUUGAUACAUGUGGAUGGAUAUUAAUUAUUUUUUCGUAUAUUCUUGUUAUUAUUACAUUUCCAAUUACAUUAUGUUUUAGUAUUAAUGUUGUUCAAGAAUAUCAACGUGCUGUGAUUUUUCGUCUUGGACGUAUUUUACCAGGUGGUGCUAAAGGUCCUGGUCUAUUUUUUGUUUUACCUUGUGUUGAUACAAUCACUAAAGUUGAUUUACGAACAACAACAUUCAAUGUUCCACCUCAAGAAAUUUUAACACGUGAUUCAGUGACAGUUGCAGUUGAUGCUGUUAUUUAUAGUCGUGUUGUUGAUCCGGUUGCUUCAGUAACUAAAGUAAAUAAUGUUUCUUCUGCAACUCAAUUAUUAGCUCAAACAUCAUUACGAAAUAUUCUUGGUACAAAAACACUUCAAGAAAUUUUAAGUGAACGAGAAGCAAUAGCUGAUCAAAUGGAAGUUCAAUUAGAUGCAGGUACUACAUCAUGGGGUAUUAAAGUUGAACGUGUUGAAAUUACGGAUGUACGUUUACCUCAAUCAAUGCAACGAUCAAUGGCUGCUGAAGCUGAAGCAAGUCGUGAAGCUCGUGCUAAAGUUAUUGCUGCUGAAGGUGAACAAAAAGCAUCAAGACAAUUAAAAGAAGCAGCUGAUGUUAUUGCUGAAUCACCAAUUGCUUUACAAUUACGUUAUUUACAAACUUUAGCACAAAUAUCAGCUGAGAAAAAUUCAACAAUCGUUUUUCCUAUUCCUGUCGAAUUUCUUAGUUUCAUUAAACAUGGACGUUAA